GUGUGUACAAUUGGACACGCCGGGCGUUGGAGGGGUUGGACCGGGCCCAGCUCGUCCUCUGUGAUUAAGUCCUAACUCCGCCCCUGCCCCCUCCGUGGAGCUCCACUGUAGGAUGUUGGAAGGGAGGAAGAGGGAAGUAGUGGCGACACGCCGGUGGAUAGAAGCCUACAGUAUCGUAUCAUUUCGGACAUAUACUUUCUGCUAAUGAAUAAUAACCCACUUAUAUCGCUUUGGAGCACUCUGACAGGAUGGCGUCACAGGAGGGGGAGGAGCCUCCUACAAACAGAAGCCAAUCAGAUAGCCGCCUAAAGAGCAAGAAGCCACCUAGCCUUGUCAUUGCCAUCCCUCCACCUGAGGUGAUGAUGUCCCAUGACUCUGCAAAACAGGACAGUGGAGCUGGAGAUGGCAGUUUCUUGGCCAGAGACAGAAGGGCAAAGUUUGGCCGACAAACAUCACUCUCUCAAAGCAUCCGCAGGAAUACAGCCCAGUGGUUUGGGGUGGGGGAAGACUGUGAGACCAAGCAGCAGCUAUGGCACAAGAAGAGCCUGCGCCAUUGCAGCCAGCGCUAUGGCAAGUUGAAGGUCCAGUAUAGAGAGCCUGACACAGCCAGUUUCGACCAGGGCAUAGACUCACCAGCCACAAGCAGAUUGCCCAAGAUAGUGGAUCCCCUAGCACGGGGACGAGCCUUCCGUUGUCCAGAUGAAGUGGGCGGUCGCUCUCCCAGGACGCCUCAUACUGCUCUGGGAGUCCCCAUCACCCCAGGCGUCACCUCACUCAGCUCCUUCACCAGCCAGCGCUCUGGGUACGGCCGCUUUCCCAGGCGCAAAAGGGAGUCUGUCGCCCGCAUGAGCAUCCGAGCUGCGUCCAACCUGCUGAGGGGUCGUAGUGGCUUGGCAGGUUCGCAGACAGGUCGCAGUUUCCCCAGGAGGAGCUUUGCAAGGCCCAGCUGGAUGGACGAGGACACUGUGGACUCUGCAGACACAUCUGAGUCGCUCUUCUUCAGCAAGGUCGAUGCACAUGAUGAGCUGUACUCUAUGGCUGAUGAUGUAUUUGAAUCCCCUCCAUUGUCGGCAUCAUUUGCUCCCAGCGAGCAACCUGACCAGAAAUUCCCAAGCUUUAAGGACCUAUCCCGGACUCCCAGGACACCAACAGCAGUGCCAGAAAAGAGCCAUCCUCGUCGUGGGCGUCGCAUCGCAUCCCAAGUUAAACACUUUGCAUUUGACAAACAUAAGCGUCAAUACGGUAUGGGCGUUGUGGGGAACUGGCUGAACCGGCAUUACAGACGCAGCCUCAGCAGCACCAUCCAGAAGCAGCUGGAUGACUUCCACAGCCACAGGCCCUACUUUACCUACUGGAUCAUAUUUGUCCAUAUAGUAAUCACUUUGCUAGCCUGCUGUACAUAUGGUUUUGCCCCUGUGGGGUUUGCACAACAUUCUACAUCUGACCUGGUGCUGAGGAACAAAGGCAUUUAUGAGAGUGUCAAGUACAUCCAACAGGAGAACUUCUGGAUUGGUCCAAGCUCUGAGGAUCUGAUCCACCUAGGGGCCAAGUUCUCACCAUGCAUCCGUCCGGAUGCACAGAUAGUGAGUCUGAUCCAGAAGGCCAAAGACCUGGAGAGAGAGUCUGGCUGCUGCGUUCAGAACGACAACUCUGGAUGUGUGCAGACCCUCAGAACCGACUGCUCCGACACUCUGGCCACCUUUAUUAAAUGGAAUAAUGAGCACGUGGACGUCAACAGGUCGUCUGGUUCAGUCUGUCACCAGGACCCCAGAAUGUGUGAAGAGCCUGCCUCUGCAGAGCCUCAUACAUGGGCAGAUGACAUCACCCAGUGGCCAGUGUGUACAUAUCCUAAGAAGUGGAACCAGACAGGCUACAGACACAUGGACUGUAACAUCAAAGGGCGGCCUUGCUGCUUAGGAACUAAGGGCAGAUGUGAAAUCACAACCAGAGAGUAUUGCUCCUUCAUGCAUGGUUACUUCCAUGAAGAUGCCACACUCUGCUCACAGGUCCAUUGCUUGGAUGAUGUGUGUGGUUUGCUGCCCUUCCUUAAUCCUGAUGUUCCAGAUCAGUUCUACCGUCUCUGGCUCUCUCUCUUCCUCCAUGCUGGGCUCUUACACUGCGUGGUGUCAGUGGUGUUCCAGAUGACCAUACUGAGAGACCUGGAGAAGCUUGCAGGUUGGGUCCGCAUCUCCAUCAUUUACAUCCUCAGUGGUAUCACUGGGAACCUGGCCUCUGCCCUGUUCCUGCCCUAUAGAGCAGAGGUGGGUCCAGCAGGCUCUCAGUUUGGGCUCCUCGCUUGCCUCUUUGUUGAACUGUUCCAAGGUUGGCAGAUGCUGGAGAAGCCAUGGAAGGCCUUUAUGAAACUGUUGGGCAUCGUCCUCUUCCUGUUUCUGUGCGGUCUCCUGCCGUGGAUUGACAACAUCGCCCACAUCUUUGGUUUCCUCAGCGGCAUGCUGCUUUCCUUCGCCUUCCUGCCCUACGUCACCUUUGGGACUUUUGACAAGUACCGGAAACGUAUCCUCAUUUUUGUCUCAAUGUUAGCCUACAUCGGACUGUUCUCUUCCCUCAUUGUCUGGUUUUAUAUUUACCCAAUUAACUUGCACUGGCUGGAGCAUCUCACCUGCCUGCCCUUCACAAACAAGUUCUGUGAAAAGUACGACAUAGAUCACAACAUUGACCACGUGGUACACUAGUCACAAGGGCUCUGUCUUAGAUGACUACAGCAUCUGUGCUACUGAUCCACUAGCUUCUAGGUCAGUUGUUUCCAGGUCAACUGACCUUUUUAAGAAGAUGAGUCAUGUUUUUUAUUAUUCACUCAUCAAAGGACCUGAUUAAAGUUCAUGUGAAUGGAACUGGACCAGACUCCUCUCAUCAGCCUGCUUAUUUGCUCACUUCCACAAAACAUUAUUCAACCUUUUUAAUCCUCAGUCAAGUCUGAUACUACCUAGCAUGUUCAUUUGUUACUGGGCUAGUAGUUUGUCAUAUUCAGCGGACAGGAAAAGACACUCAGGGCAUCAAAAUUGUAUCGAGCUGGGUGGAUUUAAAGGAGAAGAUGUACUCAGCCACAGACUGAGUAGUUCCAUCAUUUCAUAUCAAUCUAAGGAAACCAAAUGAAAUAAGAAGACAUGGCAAUCUCUGGCCUACAAUCACUUUUCCCUUUAACUUUAUGGAUGGCAAACAGAGGUAAAAAGGAAGGGCGCUGCCAUAGUUGGGUCAUCGGGUAUCCAGUGAACCGAGAUAGUAUAUCGAAUGUCUUGUUUUCUGAUUGUCUACUUACACUGGGCUUAACACUACAAAAGCUGUCAUUCAGUUCUGCCGCUUGUCAAUGCUUCAACAGUCAUAAAACGCUUUCCGAGUAAAGUCACUUUUUUAUCUUCACCGCAGUUCUUAUGUCAAUAUUCUUUGGAGUAAUGAAAUGUUAUGCUGCAUAUAACAGUGUGUUCCACUGUGCAGCUGUGAUAAUUAAAUAUCAGUGGUCAACUAAGGCAAGAUUUCUAUCUGAAACCACUAGAUGCCUUAAACACACUAUGCCAUUUUAUAAAGAUGCCUCACUGUACUUUUGCAUAGAGCUUGUGACCAGUGUACUGGUACUGCAUGAUGAUGAUAUUUGACCCUAACACACCAAAGCAACUUCACAUGCUGCUUAUGUUCUGUAUGCAUGUUUCUCAAAAGAAUUUAGUCUUCUGUAUGCUACUGCCACAAACAAUAGGUUCAAGUCAGACUCCACCUUUAAUGUCCCGAUCUAACCAUGUCUGUCCAAUAACGGUGUUGCCGAGACCAUUUUGUAUAUCUGUAGUUUGUUUUUUUUUGACUGACUGAAGGCAAACUCAUAUCUUAAAAUCACAAAAUGUAAUUUCUUUCACCUGAACCUUUCACAUGUUUAUGAAAUAUACAGUAACUAGGCUCAGGUUUUGUCAGUUACACCUGGGCUCUCCUUUACAACAUCAGUGCAGUUUAAAAUGUUUUAAUAGUUAUGUUUGCCACAGAAAUGAGAUUCACACAUUCAGACUGAAGCUGGGCAUCCUUUGUCCCUUACAUGUACACUGGUGUGACUUUUCUUUUUUGGGGGGUUGUUGUCCAUCACAUGCAUUCAAUAGUUGUAGGUUUUGUGGGUCCCUGACAAUGUGACAAGUGUACCAGUAUGAUUUCAGAGGUCCUGACACCUGAAGUGAAACAUUUCUUGCAUCCCUGGGUCUAUCCAUCUAGCUUGUUGUUUGGGAUUUUGUGCUGAUGCCAGCUUUUUGGGAAGCCACAGUAAUGAGUUGUUAGGAGGAUUAUGUGUGUUAGUCUGUGGGGAUGACUGACUGAUCAUGUGUUGUUGAAAGCACGUGCUUGACAAUGACAGUGACAUUUCACCUUUUUUUGUUUCCUUUUUCUUUUUAGGAAACCUCUUUACUGUGCCUUUGGACUUGUAAGCAUGUGAACCAUAGCCAUUUUUCAGUCACACAGCAAUUACAAAGCUGUGUUUGCAUUGGGACCAAAUAAUUUUACCCUUUUUUUAAAUUUAUUGGAAUAAAAAGGGAGUUUAAGAUGAUUUCCAGUUCAUGGUGAAGGUACUGUUAUUUUGUUUGUUUUAUAUGUGCGUGUCAGUUUUGUCAACAUAAAUGUCGCUCUGGUAAUAAUGA